AUGUCUGAUGUGACCAUAUGGGCCGGCCUAAUGCGACUUCAGGGCAUCAAUCCUGAUUGCCCAGUGCUUGUGCUUCCGCCAGGAUGGGUGCCGUCAUACCUCCAGUUGCCUGCAGCCAGCUCUCCUGCCUGUCCCAUCCUUUGGCCUGAAGAUGCUGCAGUUUGUGUUCUGCCCCUGCUUGCGGAUGGACAUUGGUCUGUCCUUGUCGUUUCCAAAGGACCCCCUGGACUUAACGGGGUCCAUUUUGACGGUAUCCCUGGACGCAACAGCGCUGUUGCUCAGAGCUUGUUGGAAAAGCUGGCCGGCACCUUCAGCAUGCCUGUUGGAGCUUUUACUUCCACUGCACAUUGGGUUCAGACCGACAGCCACUCCUGUGGAUUACUUGUCUUGGCACAUGUCGCUGCCUUUCUGCUGGGAGGGCCCUCCGAGCCUAUUUUGGCAGAUGCUGCCAGUUUCGUUGCACGUAUGCCCGGGCACACAGGCACGCUGUAUGGACAGGGAGGGUUGUCCGACACACAGGCCAAACAGUUAAAGGACAUGCUUGUUGAGAAAGGGGUCCCGGAGGCUCAGGUCUCGGAUAGGAUUCAGGCCGCUGUUGCCAAGAUUGGCGCAGGUCCCAUUGCACAAGGAUUCGCUGCCAACAAUCCCUGGCAAGCUUUGAAGACUGCUGGGUCUACUCCUGCUGCUUCAUUCCGUUGGGUGCGGCCUGAGGAACUCAAGGCACAUGCUGAGUUCAAAGCCAUGCAACAGUUUGGAGCAGCUGUAAGCAAGCCUAAAUCCAAGAAGUCCACUAAGCAAGCCAAAGGUCCCAAGCCACAGCUCCAGGUCGAUCCACAGGCAUUGCAGCUCGCACCAAGGUCCUUCAUCACCGAAGGCGGCGAGCCACUUGCUCAGCUCGGCUUUCAUGAAGUCAAAUCGCAAGCCCAGGGGGUUUCGUUUUGUACCGCGCAGCAACUCCUGCCAUUCGCGCAGCAUUUCCAAAGCCUUAGUGCUGAUGCCUUGGCCCUCGUGGCCACAUCAGAAAUCCCCUCCGAAAUGUGUUCUAUGUUACAGCUAGGGGGCGAGACCGUCCAACUUGCCUCCACCGACAUAGCAGAAGUCGAGAGUGUUGAUGUCAUUACAGGCCGGGUCUCUCUUUACAGAGACGAGCUCGCCGGAGGGUGGGAGAGUGUUGCGAAGGCCCCCAUCCGGGCGCUCAUUCAGCUCGUGCCUGCCCUCUCUCUAUGCAAAGACCCAGCUUGCAAGGGCGACUGUCAUCACUUUCACCCUUCCGUUGAAGAAAGUGUGGAAAACAUGCUGGCGGAUGUUUGGGCCCGACGCUUUUCAACUGCCGACGGCACUCGGGUUGAGGCAGGCAAAGCAGAGCUGUCCCAAGCACUGAUUCGUGUUCCCAGUUCCGCUCUUAAACACUUGCAGCGAGCUGUCACUCCUGGAUUCUACUUUGAACCCCGCUCCGGUGACGGGUACAGUGCACAUGCAGGUUUCUCUGUCAUCUGGCUGCCCGGCAAAGACAGGACCCAGGUGCUUCACAUUGCAAGAACGACCGAGAAGGUCGUCGCCAUCACACGCAUCUACAGGCGUUUCGGAGGUCGAGUCAGGGAGCCAGACGAACACGCCGUACAUGCCCAAUUGAAGCCAGAAGUUGAGUUUGUGAAGGUGCGCAUUGCAGCCCGAUACCGGCUGCAUCCCCUACCGCACGGGAUGCAGCGCAAACACCUGGUUGCCCUGCUCAAGCAGUGGGGCUGGGCCGCGCGUCCUUUGCAGGUUCUCAAAGUCGAUUCCGCAGGUUCUGCUUGGGAGGUCGGCUCCGAUACUGAGCCACCAGGGCAGGCGUUGGCUGCAGCAGGCAGCUAUGUUCUUGUCUCAAAGCUCCGGGACGCUUCGAGCCAAAAUCGUGCCUCUGGUGUUACGGCAACUGCACGCACAAAGAAGCACAUUCUCUAUGACGAUCCAGACACCAAGCCUGAUCCUGCGCAAGGCAGUGCUGAUCCCUGGCUCGGGGGACGCGAUCCCUGGUCAGCAUACAAGGCUCCACCUGGACUUCCUGCGCCUCCGGCCUCCACCACUGCCUCCAGUGCCGAAAGCAAAUUGCAACAGGCGCGAGGGGAAUUGCAAGAAUCCUUUCGUAAGCAGUUUGAGGAGUACACAAAUGCUCAGGCUAACAAGGUCAACCCAGACCAGGAAUGUAGGCUCCAAAAGCUUGAGGUUGGCAUGACAGAGCUACAUGAGCAGAACCACAAGUUCCAAGAUUGGUGCCAGAACCUGGGCGGCCAACUCAGCGCUCACUCCAAUCAAUUCGGUGAGGUGCAGCGUGCGGUUCAUGCUCAACAGGCCGAGGUUGGGCAACUCAGGUCCGAGUUCACCCAGGUUGUUGCAAGCAGUGUUUCCAACCUCCAACAAGACAUGUCUCGGCAGCUCUCCUCGCAGAUGCAGCAGAUUGAGAGUUUGUUGAGUAAGAAGCCUCGCACCGAGUGA